AAUCGUCAAAGGACCUUUCUCAAAAAAAAUCAUAUGAUUAGAAAGCCAGCGAAAUAUACUUUCCGCCCGCAUCAAAUUAAAACAGAUAAUCAAUACGUGGAAUUUCACUAUUACCAUAUAUAUGAAUAUGUGAUCUUACAAUGAUUGAUUAUGAUUAUUUAUCAUAGGGCAUUUAUUUGUGUUUCCUAUAUGUGUUUUAUCUAAUAUAGAAUAUUAGUCCGUGGCUAGUUACAGUUGCAGUACGAAUAUGGACCGCGUACCCACAUAGUACCUAGGUAUGUACGGUAAUCACUUUAUUUACUUAUAUCUAAGCUGCUAUUAAUUAAAAGCCUUUCUCCUUGCAUAAUCUAUGCAUAAAAUAUGCCAAUAAAGUCAUUGUCAUCAUUUUAGAAACAUUAGAUUCAAGACUUAAUUAUAAUAAUAUACAAAUAUUACCCGUUCUAAAUUGUUGUGUUAGCAGAAACAUAUUAUUGUACAAGAAUUAGUGGAUAUUUCAUUAAAAUGGAAUAUCGAAAAUGGACCCACAACGAAAGAAAGAGGCUGGGCCAGUAGCACCAAGCAGUGUUAAAGCAGCACGAAAGAGUUUUGCUGUUACAAAUACUUAUUUAAAAAAUGUUACACCUCAGAAGGAAAUUAUCACAGUUCAUACUAGUUCACCGCAAAUUGAACAUAGAUCAUUUCACAGUGAACAAAACCAAAUAUACCAAGGUGAUGUGAAUGUUCUUUCUAUAAUCGAUACAAAUAAGGAUAUUGUGUGCUGCAAAUACACUGAGGACACAAAAGAUAUUGCAACUGGUUUUAUUGACGGAACGGUCAGGUUAUUUGAUUGCAAUACUGGAAACUGCACACACACACUUGUAGACGAUGAAUGUCGUGCAUAUCCUGGCCCAGUCACGGCGAUCAAACAUAGACCCGUUAGUAAGGCGCAUCCUAUCACGAACAUCCUAUUGUCAUCUUAUGUUAACGGUUGCAUAAAAUGUUGGAAGUAUAAAUACGACCAAUGUAUUUAUACCAUACGAGAAAAGCGCCAGACUUUAGGUUUAUGUUACCAUCCACGAUUUAGUAAGUUUGUUACGUAUGGAGAUGAUGCAAAACUUAAUAUGUACGAUGAAGAAGCACAAACGCAGGAAAGAACAUUCUAUUCAAGUCAACGAAAAAAUAUCAUAGAUGGACAUACGUCUAGGAUUUUCGCAUGUGCAUUUAACCCUAAGUCGCACCAUGAGCUUAUAUCAGGCGGCUGGGAUGACACGGUGAUUUGCUGGGACGAUCGUCAACCCUUCGCGACCAAAUAUUUCCUAGGAGUUCACAUGUGUGGUGAAGGUUUGGACUUCGAUAAACCUGGGAAGCAGAUACUUACCUGUUCGUGGCAAGAAAAAGACACAAUUCAAAUUUGGGACUACGGCUCUUGUAAACUAAUAGAAACUAUAGUUCCCGACAACCACCAAUCGAAGCUGUAUUGUGGAAAGUUGGUUCCUCAAACCAACUUGGCUGUAUGCGGUGGUUCCGAUUCGAACACAUUGCGAGUUGUUGACAUUAAUAUGAAGAUUACGGAAUGCUCAAUAAGAAACAAUCCAGGCGCAAUAUAUGCAUUUGAUUUCGGAACAGUAAGAAGGAAAAUGAGUAAAGUUCCCGAUACAUAUAAGAAAAUAAGCGAAAUUCAAAACAUACCUAGAGUAGCAUUCGUUACUGGCAAACGAUUACAGAUUGUAGAUUUUGGAUAACUAUCGGAACUUCA